UACCAUCACAUUCCACACGUACUGACUGAAUCACUGAAGCAAAUCAUUCAGAGCUCCCCUGCAGUGCUCCUGUGUGCGUAUGAACUUGUUUCAGUGUGUGUACAACUGUGUGUGUGUGUGCGUAUGUGUCUGUGCAAGCAUAUAAAGUCAAAUCAAAUUUAUUCAUAGAAGCGCUCUUAACAAGCAGGUUUGUCACAAAGUGCUUUGAUGAGAACAAAGGACACAAAUUCAGAUGAAACUGCAGAUAAACAAAAAAGAGCACUCUGCAUGAGCAUGUGUGUGUGCUUUUCUGUGCUUGUGUGUGUUCUUGAUGGAUGUGAGGUUUAGUUUUGAGUCAGAGGCAGCAGCAAGCCUAAGUCUGAGAGUGUGUGUAGGAUGAGCCUCCUACCACGUCCCUCCCUGUCUCUCAUCAACUGUCUUUCUACCUCCCCUCCAUCCCUUUCUUUCUUCUAUGUGUCAGCAUGUCUUUUGUAAAUGCCAUUACAGACAUAAAUUAGUGAUUUGAUUGCUCUUUGACUGAUUAGCAAUAUUCCAUGUAAUACAAAAAUUUUUGUUAGAAGUAAAAUACAUCAGACAGCAAAGAAAUCUGUAGCCUGCAUCCCUGACUGUGCAUACAUAUGAGUGUAUGUAUAUGUGUGUAUACAUGUUUGUAUCCCUCACAGUGAUUAAAGCAAGUGGGCGGCAGCAGCAACUGGUCUGCCUGUGUGGCUCUGCAUAGCAGACAUGUUUCUCACUGCUAGAUAUUACUCAUUUCCUCAGCCCUUUGCACACACAAGCACAAACACAUGCACAAACUCUCUUGACACACACAUGCUCACAAGCACAACAGACACGGAGACGGAUAGCAGACUCUCAGUUUUUUCCUUCAGUUUGGUGGGCUUGCUGGUGAUAUUUCACUCGUUCAGAGAUCAGAGGCAGGGCGUAGCUGCAGGCUGCUGAUAUCUGCGGGUGUUGGAGCCAUUGGCGGUGCUGUGAAGGAAGCACUGUGGCACAGUAAGGAGCUGGGAGGUGGGCUGACCCCCUUAGGAGGACUAGAAUAUGAAUGAGUGCCAGCUUUGGGACAUCUUCUCACCCCGGUACCAAGGUGAGUGGUGCUUCAGUGCAAGAGCAGCAACAUCGAUCCAACAGUGAUGCUGUGUAUCGGCCUUCCCCUCUGUGUGCCCCCCUCAUUUUCCCGUGAGGCCCAUGUGACUUAGCCUACAUUAACACACAGGGGGCCACCACUGCUGCUGGAGCCCACCCAUGAAUCCAAGUCCUGACCGCAACAAAGAGCGCCUCCCUCCCAAAAAGAGGGAGUCUCGGCAAGGAUCUGCAGAACACCACAUCCCUCCUGAUGAGUUUAAACCACCUGUGCCGUUUCGAAGCCGACAUAGCACCAGUAGAGGGGAGGGAGGCAGGGAAACCAGUGACAGGGACAGAGCUUUCUCUAACCCAAACCCCCAUCUCCUACACAGUCCUCCAGCCCUUCCUGCUUCAGCACCAGGCCUCCACAUGCCAUUACCAUGGUCCCUGAACUAUUCUUCACCUGUUUCUCUUCCAGUUUUCCCAGGCCAGGUCAGCGACAGAAGGGCUUCAGGUUCGCCUGUUUGGAGAGAUGAUCCCCUCACCUCAUCUCUGCCCCAUCAUUCCAGGUGGCUCAGAGGGGAAGGACCCCUGUCAUUGACCCCCUCCCCAUCUUCUUCAUCUUCUUCCUCAUUUAAGACUCCUUUUCCAGCUAGUACAAGAGAGAUGUGGUCCUAUUUUAAUACUGGCCGUCGAGAUUAUAGCCCCUCUCUCUUUUCCCCUUCUUACCUAUUUAGUCCUCAUGCUUUGUAUGCCCAAGACCCCAGUUUAGUUGAGGUAAGACCUAGGUACAUAAGCAAAAGGCCCAAUGGCUUGGAUGGGCCAGGCAGCAGGACUGCCUCAUCUUCCAGACCUCUGCUUACUGGAGAGUUUGGGAAUGAUAGCAGCAGAGCUAGGCUGGAGGUCAGUCCAUAUACGUUGCAUGCCAAUGGAGGACGUAGACAGCAGGAGGAUCUAACCUCCCCUAUCCAUUCUGCAGGGGCAUUUUUGUCAGACUCUCAACCUCAAGUAAGCCCUGAGCCACAUUCCUCACUGCAGGAAACACAUCAGUCUGGGAAGACUAGCUCCACUUCACUCCCCAGUAGUCCACAUACCCUUGGACCAGACCCAAGGGCAGGCAGAGGUGGACUUCUGGAUCAUGUGGGGACUACACCAACUGAGGCCCAAAUAUAUUACUCCUUAGGAUCAGUCACCCAUCCCAGCCCUCAUGCCCAGGCCUACCCUCUCUCGAGCUCCUCAGGAACACUUUCAUACUGUCUGCAUAGGGAGCCAGGUCCUAGGCUGCACAUGCUAGGGAAUUCACCAAACUCACCUGUAAGUCUGCCUAACAGCCAUGACAGGUCACAAAGAGAGUGGGACAGAGAUCUAGAAAGAGACAAAGUCCUCCAAAAGGACAGGGAAAGGGGUAAAGUAAAAGAGAAGCAAUUACAACAUGAGAAAGACCAAGAAAAAGACAGUGAGCGUGAGAAGCGACGCAACAGAGACAGAUGGAGAGAUUUUUCUCCUUCCAAUUCUCAGACCUCGUCUGCAACCCUUCAUUCGUCUCCCUCUGCACUCCUACCUCAUUUCACCAAGGGGUCUCUUAUUGAGCUGGCAGGCGGACGGUUGAAACGAGUGGAGGAGCUGAGGACUGAAGACUUUCUGAGGAGUGCGGAUACAUCCCCAGAGUUCCACCUCAGCACCUGCACGGUUCUGGUGAUUUCCCCCAGCAGUACCCAGGGUUCCAGUCACCUGCAGGUUCACCUUACAGAUCGAAACUCUCAGGAGUUAUUGCAGGUCUUGGUGGAGUACCCAUUCUUUGUGAGAGACCAGGGCUGGUCUUCCUGCUCUCCUCAAAGAACUACACAGCUGUAUGGCCUGCCCUGCCGUCAGCUCAGUGAGGGAGAUGUUUGCCUGGCCCUAACCCCAAUGCCUACCCAAACUCAGCGGACAUCCAGUCGUACCAGUUCCAGGGCCCAUCGUACGCAACUCCUCCCCAGGGGUCCAGCAGAGUCAAGCGGCUCACAUAGGGAGGAAAUGCCUCCCCCACCACCACCCCCUCCGCUUCCUCCCCAGCAACCCCUGUCAACACCAGGCCCUUCUUGCAGACAGGCCGCAGACACUCCUGCUAAUGAGCAGCAACGGCCUCGUAAACGGCACUGGUCUGCACCGGACACACUUCCCUCAACCAGAACUGAUAAAAGCCUCGUGGAUUUACCUCAUGGCUCCAAGCUAAUGAAGUGGCAGUAGAAACUUGCACAUGCAUACUUACACACACAUGCACACACAUAUGAGCACAUACACACCCUCCUUGUCUCUGUUGCACCUAUCAAGACAAACGAUGGAGAGACCUCAAGGCAGGGUUGCAGGGAAGGUAUACACAACAACAGAAGGCACAAUUUGUGUCUAGUCCGGUCUAGUCCAGGGGUCUCCAAGUCCAGUCCUGGAGAGUUAAAGCUACUAUCCCACAGCUUCUGGAUAUAUUUUUCUCCAAUACCUAAAGCAUUCAGUUUUGCAGAGGCAUAGUAACAAGUCAUUCACUUGAUUCAGGUGUGUUGGAGAAGGGAUGUAUCUAAAAGCACUUGGAUAGUAGCGCUCCAGGACUUCAUGAACUAGCCCCUGCUGACCCUUUCCUUUCCUUUCCUUUCCUUUCCUUUCCUUUCCUUUCCUUUCCUUUCCUUUCCUUUCCUUUCCUUUCCUUUCCUUUCCUUUCCUUUCCUUUCCUUUCCUUUCCUUUCCUUUCCUUUCCUUUCCUUUCCUUUCCUUUCCUUUCCUUUCCUGUCCAGUCCUGUCAUGUCUUUCUUUUCCUGAAAGGAGCAGCAGGGAGUGGGUCAUUUUGCUCCUUCACCAUCUGCUACCUUUGUAGUUUUGGUCAUUUUAUGACAAAUUGUUUUGUUGGGGAGGCUUUACACUGAUCAUGCGUCAGUUUGCACCAGUCAUCCCCAUUUUAUAUCAAGGAUCUAGAAACAGUAUCUACAUUCUACCCAGAGUAUACUGUAAGGAAAUAUGGUUAUAUGAAUCCAAUAAAUAAUAUCUACAAGCAGUAGGUAACUUAAAGGUAUUUUUGUCCGCUCAAGGGUUCUAAUCUGUUUUUUUUGUUAACUGACCUAAAUGGAAAUUACAGCAAAAGUAGAUGGAAACAGAGUGUAGUACAACGUUUUUAGGUCAUAACAUGGAGUUAAACUGAAUUGCAUGAGAAAGUUUGCUAUUUUUAUGACAGUUGAUCUAUAUAAUUGGCAAAAAAUACAACCAAAGGUGAACAGAUACACCAUGGUAUAAGUUCAUAAGUAAGUAUUAAAUGUUUUAUUCAAGUGCACAAAACAGAAGCAGGAGGGGAUGAAAUAGUAAUGCGUAGGUUCGAAAUUAGGGUGCGAAUAGGUGAAGGAGUGAAUUGACUCAGAGAUGGAGCAGCAGCUUAAAGAUAACUGAAUGAGUCUUUACAAAGACACCGAAGACAUUUAAUGAGACAAUCAAGCACUUGUCUGUGUUCACUCUGUUUUUGUUAUGGUUGUCCCACACAUGUACUCAAUAAAAGUAACUACUGCAGGGUAUUUUGAAUCAGUGUUAUGAAAGUAGUAAACGCUACUGAGGAAUUGCAGAUAUAUAUGAGCAGAUUUUAACUAUAUAUAUACAUAUAUAUAUAGUUAAAAUACAUAUAUAUAUUACAGAUGUUAUAUACAGUAAAUAUGCUAAACACAUUUAAUGCAAUUUCUGUCAAUCUUGCAAUGCAGUUUUUUCCUUUAUUGUUUCUUUUCUUGCUUCUGAGCCGAUGUCUUCACGCCGGCCUGGGCAGGCAAGGUGAAUGUAUGAGCAACUCUUCGCCUUUUUUUCUAAUUCUCAUCACUGGGAGUCAUUUCAAAAUGUUGUUCAUCAAAGUAUUACUCUCCAAUGUGUUCUUAACAUUAUCUCUGAGAAAGGGAGAACACUAAUGAAAACUGCGUAACAGACAAUCCCACCCACACAGACAGGUCUGUGCCACAUCGCCUCGACACUCAUGGUGUUUUUCCAUUAAAAACUGAAUGAUGGAAGGACUAAAAAAGGUGCAGUAUGGCUGAAGAGUAAUGGUGCUAAUAACACGUUGGAACAUGAUGCUUUAUGAAUGCUCUUGACCCCUGUGUGUACUGUACGCUUCAGUUCCCGUCUCAUUUUUAAUGUACUGUAUAUGUUUGAAGGCAGGGAAAAAUGAUGAAAGUAUUUUAAACUCAGAUACGGGUAAAUCAUCUGAUUCAGCACUCUCUCUCACUUUAGUUUGUGUUUUUUUUUUAAGAGAAAAAUCUUACCUGUUAUUUUCUUUUCUUUUUAAAUGUUACAGCUACAAAAAUGUAUAUUUUUAAAAAAAUUGUGAAUCUGUUAUAUGAUGUUCGCUAGAAAUAAAUGACGAAAAAGCUUUA